ACUGGGUCUCAGAAUCGCUGAGGCAGUGAAGCCGCCUUGAACUUACGCUACCACCGCCGCGCCGCCGCCUUCCACCUGCCCGACCACCCGCCGCCGGCUCUCCUGCCUCACCAAACACCGACCCCAUCGCCGUCACGGGGUCACCUGAGCUCCCUCUCGUUCCGCCUUAGUCAGGACGUUGGCCUGUUUCUUCUGUUCUUGAGGCUUACUCAACUAGGUUCUUCUACAGCGGAUCGACAUUGGUUGCUACUACAGUACAGGAGUUGUUGCUUCAGCCGUUCAGCGCAAUCAAGCUGCCGGGGCAGCUUGUUUUCCAGAAUUAUUGGCGGGAUUGAGCUGAGCUCCCGCGCCCCCGCGCUGAUCCCUCUCCUGCCAUGGCGUGCGUUGCUUACAGUAUCAGAUACCCUCUCAUGCUCGCUGCAAGGCACCGCGCUGAUGUUCUGGCCAAAAAUAGCUUGUGCAUUGGCUUGAAGUCUUCGGUGUCUUACUCCGUAGCUCAGCAGUGGAGCAGCAAUUGCUCUUCCGUUAUGAUGCGGCAUGCCACAUCCCAUCGUCACUUGAUUGUUAGGGCUUCAGCAAGGUGGCGCUCUAACUCGAAAGCUUCAGCAACCGAAGUGGGCGCUGCUUCUGAUGAGAGGAUAACUGUAUUGGUCAUUGGUGGUGGAGGCCGGGAGCAUGCUCUUUGUUAUGCCUUGAACCGUUCCCCAUCUUGCAGUGCAGUGCUAUGUGCCCCUGGUAAUGCCGGUAUUGCUCAGUCUGGGGAUGCAACUUGUAUCGCAGAUUUGGACAUCUCCAGUAGUGCUGAUGUUAUCUCGUUCUGUCGUGAGAGGGGAGUGGGAAUGGUUGUAGUGGGUCCUGAAGCCCCACUUGUUGCGGGUCUUGUGAAUGACCUUGUCAAAGUUGGGAUACCAACCUUUGGCCCUUCAUCAGAGGCUGCAGCGUUAGAAGGAUCAAAGGAUUUCAUGAAGAAGCUAUGUGACAAGUACAAUAUCCCAACAGCCAAGUAUCGCACAUUCAUGGAUGCUGUGGAAGCUAAACAAUAUGUCAAACAUGAAGGAGCCCCUAUUGUUGUUAAAGCUGAUGGACUGGCCGCUGGAAAGGGUGUGGUUGUUGCGAUGACUUUGGAUGAGGCAUUCGAAGCCAUCGACUCUAUGUUGGUUGAAGGCUCAUUUGGUUCUGCUGGUUCACGGGUUAUCAUUGAAGAAUUUCUAGAGGGUGAAGAAGCAUCUUUCUUUGCAUUAGUAGAUGGUGAAAAUGCUUUGCCUCUUGAAUCAGCACAGGAUCACAAAAGAGUUGGUGAUGGUGAUGUUGGCCCAAAUACUGGCGGUAUGGGUGCAUACUCCCCUGCACCAAUAGUGACAGAUGAGCUCAAGCGCAUAGUCAUGGAAAGCAUAAUUGUCCCUACCGUUAAAGGCAUGGCGGCUGAAGGGUGCAAGUUUGUUGGUGUAUUAUAUGCUGGACUUAUGAUCGAGAAGAAAUCUGGGUUGCCUAAGCUUAUUGAGUACAAUGUAAGAUUUGGUGACCCAGAAUGCCAGGUUUUGAUGAUGCGAUUAGAAUCUGAUUUGGCGCAAGUUCUGUUAUCCGCUUGCCGGGGAGGAUUAAGCAAUGUUUCACUAACCUGGUCACCUGAAAUGGCAAUGGUGGUUGUAAUGGCAAGCCAGGGAUACCCUGGCUCUUAUAAGAAGGGGACUGUAAUAAAAAACCUAGACAAGGCUGAGCAGGUCUCUCCAUUUGUCAAGAUAUUCCAUGCUGGGACAGCACUAGACGAAGAUGGCAAUCUUGUCGCCGUUGGAGGCCGAGUUCUUGGUGUCACUGCCAAGGGCAAGGACAUCGAAGAAGCAAGGGCAAGAGCAUAUGAUGCGGUAGAUGCUGUUGAUUGGCCAGAAGGGUUCUUCAGGCGUGACAUUGGUUGGCGAGCACUGAGGCACAAGCAAGUGGCUAACUGCCUAUGACUAUGGGGUUUUCACAGAGAACCACAACUAAGGUGAUCUUGUAGUGUUAUAAGGAAUAAAAAAGGGAAACGUGUAACCUUCACUGUUUUUGGUUGUGGAAAGACAAUGUAUUGCUGGUCAAACAGCAGCAUGUUCAAAUUUUAACACCUGCUGGUUUCAGUAUAUGUAGAUGUUUUGUGUUCACAGAGUGAAAACGUGCUGAAUUCUGACCAAUUGUGUCUUCAAUUUUCAGACAAGUGGAUCUUCUCCCAAAUAAUUGUGACA